UUUCCCGCGCACCGCCAUAGUUUCUAGUUUGACACUCGAUGUUUUGGCGCCAAGUGAGCGCGCCGCACGCGAUUCAACUUUUUAAUUCGUUAUGCAAGUUGCCAGUGACAAUGAAAUAAUCUGAAGCUAUUAAAAAUAAAAUAACACGAACGUUCUUAAUUCGAAAGUUUAUUUUUCUAGUGGCUUUUUAAGACAUUUGUGGCCAGUGAAUAUAUUUUGUGACUUUAGUCGAUUGUUAUCGAUUUUGCAACUGUUUCUAAUAUUGUCAUCAAUUUCGUUAACAAAUGAACUACGCAAAAAUGUAUCAUCCGGUCCGCAAAAAACUGUAUAAAAUACUUGCAAGCAUCAUUCUCCUAACUUUAGUGAUAUACACGUUACCGAUCCAUACGAAAACAGUUAAGAAAACCGAAAAACCGAUUCCCAUCGCAGAAGAACUUGUAGAUAACAACAUCAUAGAAUUCGACGAAGAUUAUUCCACUAAGUUUAAUAAAAAAUACGGCACAGUGCCAUGGCAUGACGAGAGUUAUGAUAAAGAAACUCUUAAAUACACAGUAAUUAAGGAAAAUAAAGAUAAUAAUGAUGAUACAAAUGUACAAAUGAUAGAUGAAACAACUACUCAAGAUUACAGUGUGAUACCACUAGAACUAAUAAGUACGACACAAGAUGCAUUAAUAAGUAUUAUAGAAAGUACUACAGAGCCAGAUUUGUCAGUCAUUCCACUGUCAACAACACAUAAAGUGCCAAAAAUAGAAAUCAAACAAACAGUUACUCUUCCUACAUCCACCGAAAAUGCCGAAACUACAACCGACUUUACAACCACUGUAAGUGUUGAAGAAAAGUUUGACCAGAAAUAUACAGUAAUCCCUUUAGAUAGAAAUAAAACGAAUGAAACAGACAUAUUGAGCGUUAAAGCGAUAAAGCGAGAAACAACUACAGUAUUGAUAACUGAGAACACAGCUACAGAAAAAACUACAACUAUUGACUCUAUUAGUCUAGAAACUACUACAACUGAAGUAAAGAACACUACAAGAGGCAAAUUUGCUAAAUUAAGAUCUAAAAUCGAUAACGAAUCUAUAGAAAUUCUAAACAAUACAAACAUCCAGACCAAUGAAUCCGUAAUAAGUUUUAACACAAACUCCACCCAAAACCGCGCGAAUAACAGCAGAGCGGACUUCUCAAGCACAGAACGAGAUGAAGAUGUUCCAAUAUACACAGAGUUAGAUACAGAAGAUCAGAUAGACGUUCCAGAAGAUUAUUAUGAUACUAAAGAUGUAGUGCCAACAACUGCUCCUAGAAACGACGCUAUAUCUGUGAUUUUCGGAUUGGCAGGCAGUGUGGUGGAGAGUGUAGUGGAGACAGUAGCAGAGAGAGUUGUGCCAAAGAGUAUUUAUGAUUUAUUUAAAAGGAUGCAGAGGCAGAAUGAGGCUUUAGAGGCGGAGAGGUUAAGGAGUAGAGAGGAAAAUGGCGGAAUUGGCCAGUUCACCCGAGGCAUUAUCAAGAGUAUAUCAACCGGUAUCUACAGACCGCUCAGCCAGUUGAUGGCUGGUGUCCGCGACAUCGGCUCUCUGGACACCGACCGAGGGUUUGUCUCCAGCCUUGCAUCAGGAGUGACCAGCGUCGCCAACGUCGCUAACUCCGUCGUCGACGCCUUUAAAGAUCGGGUGCAGGCUAUUUAUCCAGGUACAGUAUGGUGCGGCGACGGACGCUCUGCUACAGCGCGGUCCAGCGACUUGGGCCUCUUCUUCUUCACUGAUACCUGUUGCCGGCAGCAUGAUGCCUGCAAACUCUACAUCAAGGCUGGAGAGACCAAAUACGGACUUACCAACACUGGGCUAUUUACUAGAUCCCACUGCAGCUGCGACAUGAAGUUCCGCGAGUGUCUCCGCCGCACCAACUCCCUGGUCUCCGCGCAGAUUGGGCUCACAUACUUUAAUGUACUAGGCCCGCAGUGCUUCAGACGCGCGCAUCCAAUCGUCAGGUGUGUCAGGAGAACCAGGAUCACAGGACAGAAAUGCGAAGAGUACGAGUUAGAUUACACCAAGCCGAGGAUGUGGCAGUGGUUCGACAACGAGACCUUCUGAGUAACAUUAUUUCCAACACUAACACAUAGAUGGCGAUGUACGGAUUUGAAUGAGGCUACUAUCAGCUACGAAGAUGUUGAAGCAUACAGAUUACGAACUUAUUUGAGGCUUCAUUGGAUAGAUGGCGCUAGGUAGUUGACAAAAUUUUAUGGACAGGCGGUGCUUGCUGCCAACAAGAGCGACACGUUAUAUUUGUAAUAAAUAAAGCAAACUUUAGAUGGCGUUUGUUGUAGAGGCGUUUUGAAUUGCGACGAUAAUUUGUAAAGACGAUUAUUUGUCAAAGAGAUGUACAAAUUUAUAUUAGUUACCUUUUUUUUCUAUUAGCUUCCUUUAUAGUAAAUACAUGUCAUUGUAUCUAUUAUGUUUUAAAUAUCGCACUUUUUCUGUUCUUUAAAAUAUUUGCCAUUUAUUAAUGCUUUGAUUUUAAUUAUUUAACACAAUUAUGCUUUCUUAUCGCUUAUUUGUUUCUUAAUCUAUUUAUAUUGAUGUUAUAAAGUGUAAAAGUAUAUGAUUUUUUUGUUAUUUAUUUGUUCAAAACAUAAGAUGUCUAUGUGAAAAAAUGUGUGUAUUUGUGAGUUGCGAUAAAUUUCUUUCGUUAUUAACAGAUGUAAAUAUGUUUUAGGUAUAAGCAUUAGAAAUAAAACGUGUGUAUAAUAA